UGCUUCAGUCAUCUCUCUCUCUCUCUCUCUCUCAAAGCCUUUUUCUCUCGGUAGAAGGCUGCUUUUAGAACAUUUCUUGAGCACCAGUAGUGUACUAACUGUGCAAAAAUGGCUGGAUUUUCAAGAACUGAAGCUUAUUCAGUACUUGUACUCAUUUGCCUGUUCUUGAGCUUCUCGGAAGCCAGGGAUCAUCUGGUCGGCGGCAAAUCCGACGCCUGGAGGAUUCCUUCUUCAGAAUCCGAUUCUCUCAACCACUGGGCUCAGAAAUCUCGAUUCCUCGUUGGAGAUUCUUUAGUGUGGGAAUACGAUGCCUCAAAGGAUUCAGUGCUGCAAGUGACGAAGAGAGAUUACGUGACCUGCAACACAUCAAGUCCGAUCGAAACCUACACCGGCGGCAGCACCAAGGUGAAGCUGGAGCAUUCCGGGCCGUACUAUUUCAUUAGUGGGGCAGAAGGCCACUGCAAGAAGGGUCAGAAGUUGAUUGUGGUGGUAAUGUCGGAGAAGCACCGCCACUUUAUAGGAGUUUCUCCAGCGCCUUCCCCAGUGGAGAUUGAAGGUCCAGCAAUUGCACCGGCGCCCACCAGCGCUGCCAGGAGACUCACUGGCGGAUUUUUCAUGAUGACACUAGGGGUGGUGUUGGUCGUAAUGUGAGGACUCGCUGGAGUAUCAGUUCAUUCUUUGGGGACCAGGGAGGAUGAUUAAUCUGUUUUAUGUAAUUGAGGUUACAUGUAUUCUUGAUUAUUAAUUUUAUUCAUUUUAUGAGCCUUAAGAAUUACAAUUCCUCUCAAA